AUGUGCACCAAGACAAGACGUAUCGCAAAAAGCAAACCUGAUAGCUGCACCGAGAAGAAUUUGGAUGCCCCAAGGACGAGUGCAUUGAAUUCAUUCCUUAACGAUCUCAUUCGCGAAAAGAGAGCCGAAUCGGAGGGAACGCAAUUCCGCAUUAUGAUUCUACCUGACGAUGCUCAUGGCUCAGAAGGUGGACUCUUAAGAAGGCGAUCCUCGAGGAUCGGCCGUUACAACUCGGACCCAUUGCCUUCUUUGAAAAAGCGAGGAGGAGGUCGACGAUCUGUGUUGGAUGUGAGCGACCAUACCAAGAGGCUAUCACGUUGGCUCUCCGUUGAUCCCGCUUCAUCUCAAAGCAAGCAAAUCUUGUCCAACUGUAUGGUGCGACAGCCAAUGCGCAUUCCAUCGUCACGACGGAUCAAUGCAGCAUGUUCCAUGUGA